CCUUCCUUCGUUUCUUUUUAUCUCUCAAAAGAAAAAGCCCACUCCUGUGCAUCCCAAACUGAGGAUCUCCUUUUCUCUUUAGUCCCAUAUAGCUCUUUCUUUCCAUUGUUCCUUUCUCUCUUCAUCUCAUCAUUUCACGGGCUAAUCACUUAUUGGGGACAAAAUGGCAAAUUCGGCAUCUGGAAUGGCAGUGAACGAUGACUGUAAGCUGAAGUUCUUGGAGCUGAAAGCAAAGAGGAACUACCGUUUCAUUGUGUUCAAGAUUGAUGAGAAGAUUCAGCAGGUGAUGGUGGAGAGGCUUGGGAAUCCUGAAGAGAGCUAUGAGGAUUUCACUGCUUGCUUGCCAGCCAACGAGUGUCGCUAUGCUGUCUUUGAUUUUGAUUUCACUACUGAUGAGAACUGCCAGAAAAGCAAGAUUUUCUUCAUUGCAUGGUCUCCUGACACGUCCAAGGUGAGGAGUAAGAUGCUAUAUGCAAGCUCCAAGGACAGAUUCAAGAGAGAGCUUGAUGGAAUUCAAGUGGAAUUGCAGGCAACAGAUCCGAGUGAGAUGAGCAUGGACAUCAUAAAAGGGCGAGCCAUCUGAAUAUUAUUAUCGUCCUCUUCCUCAGCCUUCAUAAGAUUAGCUGUUUACCUUCUUUAAUUUUGCGGGUGGGAGAGUUUUCCAUUAAUCGAUGAUGAUGACCUUUGGGCGGGCUUAGACUCUAAACCGUUCAAGGAUUUUUUUUUUUUUUUUAUACUAU